CCUGUGCUUUGGCGCCGCUUUCGGAGCCCGACGGGCGCCAUGCGGAGUCGCGCGGAGGUGGACGCCACGCUGCGCACCGCCAAGUUGAACCCCGCCGAGCUGCUGCCGGCAGUGCACUGCCUCAGCUUCGGCCCGCAGGGCGGCGUCGGCGAUUGCUGCCUGCUGCAGCUCGAGGCGGGGCUGUGCGCCGAGCUGGAGGCGGGCCGCAGCCUGGUAAUCCGUGGUGAAAAGGAUGAACAAGCAGUGUUGUGCAGCAAAGAUAAAACUUAUGACAUGAAAAUAGCAGAUACCUCAAAUAUGCUGCUGUUUAUUCCUGGCUGCAGAACUCCGGAAGAGCUGAAUGCAGAUCAGGCAUCUUGUAAUAUUAUUCAUUCACAGAUUGCUGGCUUCUCCAAUAACUAUUGGGAACUAAGGAGAUGUCGACCUAAACUGAAGAAACUGAGGAAGCUUCUGAUGGAAGAUCCGUAUGAAGGGCCAGGUAGUGUGAAAGAUCAGACUGCAACGGUGUCAAAAUACACAACAGAAGAUUUGCUAGGUCUGAUUCAAGCAAGUGAAGAGGAAAUACUGCACCAGCUGCAGGCUAUUGGUGCCUGUGUAAUUGAAGGAUGUUGGAGAGUUUUAGAAUUUGACUAUGAGAUGAAACUCUUGAAUCACGUGACUCAGCUGAUAGACUCAGAGUCCUGGUCUUUGAAUAAGGUUCCUUUACGUACGUGUCUCGAGGAGCUUGGACCUCUAGAGCCCAUAGAGAUGAUAGAGCAUAUUCUUUUAAGCUAUGGAAGGAAAUACACUGAUGAUGCAGGGGAGGUUUACUUUGAAAUGCAUGAAGAUAAAAUAUGCAGAGCUAUAGCGCAGAUGCUUUUGCAAAAUGCAGUUAAAUUCAAUUUAUCAGAGUUUCAUGAAGUCUGGCAACAAAGUGUCCCUGAAGGGAUGUCAACAAGGCUUGAUCAGCUUAAGGGUUUGGCUCUUGUGGAUAAAGCCUCAAGACCAGAGACCAUCUUUCUGCUAAAAGUAGAAGACUUACCUGAAGACAAUCAGGAAAGAUUCAACAGCUUAUUCAGCAUACGGGAAAAAUGGACGGAAGCGGAUAUUACCCCUUAUAUCCAAGACUUAUGUGCAGAGAAGCAGACGGUUGGUGCGCUUCUGACAAAAUAUGCUCGAUGCUCAAUGCAAAAUGGUAUUAAAGUUUAUAAUUCCAGAAGACCUAUCUCAUAAAAAAUACUGUUUUAAAAACUGAGGAUAUCGUAUGGAGUAACAGUGAAUGUUGCUUUUUCCUCCUCCUGGGGGAAAGAGUUGUCAGCAAAUGUUAUGUGGCAUUCUUGAACUGAAGCAGCUGAACUUUGUGAACAAAUUUAGUUUCCUGCACUGCUAAGUAGAAUGAGAAAGAACUUGCCUCUUCUAGGAAACCAUAAUGUCUGCAGCCCAUUUCCACCUUUCUCUGUCCUUUUCCUUUGUGUUUACAGUUACACUGGAAGUCAAGGUUCUUGAAUAUGAUUUAGCUGUUUAUCCAUAAACUGAAGACUAUCAUUAAAAAUUAAAACCUUAGUAAUAAUUGAAUCAAAUGGGUUUUAACAGCAGAAUAAAAUGUUUAGUCUUUUGUCCAUUAGGGAGCAUUUUUAAGCAUGUGGAUUUUGUUGCUAUGUUGACAUUUUGAAUACUCACACCUUCACAAGCUCAUGAAUGAAUUACUGUUAACUGAGACUAAGCUGGUUCUUUUUGUGACCUUGAAUAACAUUGACACAAAUUCUUGAUAGUUCAACGCUUGGCAAAAUGCAGCCUUUUAAAUAUUACAAGGGAAAAAAAAGCAUAAUCAGGUUUGUAAAAUCAAGUCUGAAGACAUGAGAAAAUUGUGUUACAAAGUUCCUGUAAACUGCCAUUAGAAUGUAGCUGAUGUAAAAUUCAUCUUGUAAAGAAAACUGCCUUUGCUUUAAAGAGAACUUGCAAAACUUAGUAAUAUGAAUUUUUACGAUUUUGGUAUGGACAAUAACUGCACAUGAAAAUUGUGCCUUGAAAACUUAGGGUGUAAUGUUAUUUUGCUUGGAGCAAUUAAUUAGAAAUUCGCUAUGAUAUAGCCUUAAAAUUGAGUACCUGUAAUUGAAAUUUCUUGAUUAUUAAAAGCAGUUUGCAUUUGUCAGUGAAACAGUUUCAUUACCAAAGGUACAUUUAGUAAAUGCAAGGUGAUCAUUGGAGGGGGAUGGAAGAAACAAAAUCAAAUAAUUACACAUUUUCUGGAUUUUUUACAAAUAAAAAGCUGAAUAAAAACUA